UUGGGCAGGUUUGGGCUGAAAUCUGGUCCUUCCGAGCCGGUAGCACAGAGAGAGAAGGUGGGAGGCGAAUCUCGUGAAAUUCUCUCUCCACUGCUCGCCGGAAACCAAGAAAUCGCCAACCCACGAAUCUUCCCUCACAACCAGUCCACACCGCCGCGCCAAGUCCCGAUCUUGCCGGCCGAGCUACACUCCGGCCGUCGCCAGUUCCCCGGCUCGAGCCUCCCGCCGCGAAUUCGGACGGCUCGUCGACCCUGCCUGGAUUGCAAGCAUGAGUAUGCGAUGGUGCACCGUCCCAGCUGUGGGCACAAGUAUUCCAAUAUCAGUUUGUGUUGCCUCUGUGACUCGAAUGAUUUGAUUGAUCUGCCUUGUAAACAGAACGACCAGUGGAAUGAUGAGAUAAAGAUGAUGAACAGUAUAUACACCAGCACUAGAGUCUAAUCGUAGCAACUCAGCCGCUCACCUGCAGCAAAUGGAAUCAGGUGAAAACAACAUGGGCUCGAAUGAUGGACCAAACAGCAAAGCUAACUUGGCUGCGAGGCAACGCUUACGGUGGACAGAUGAGUUGCAUGAACAAUUUGUGGAGGCUGUUACUCAACUUGGCGGUCCUGAUAGAGCAACUCCUAAAGGAGUUUUGAGAAUUAUGGGUACACCAGGAUUAACAAUAUACCAUGUGAAAAGUCACCUACAGAAAUACAGGCUAGCAAAGUACAUUCCCGACUCUUCAGCUGAUGGUAACAAGGCUGAUAACAAAGAUCCAGGGGAUUCACUAGCAGGACUUGAUGGAUCCUCUGGAAUGCAGAUAUCUGAAGCCCUGAAGCUGCAGAUGGAGGUCCAAAAGCGGUUGCAUGAACAGCUCGAAGUACAAAGGCAGCUGCAGCUGCGAAUCGAGGCACAGGGAAAGUACCUUAAGAAAAUCAUAGAAGAGCAGCAGCGUUUCGGUGGCGGUGGUAUAAAGUCUGAAACACCUGGUGCAGGAGCUACUGUCACAGUGUCGAGCGAUCAGUUCCCCGAUUCUGAGAGGACAGACCCCUCGACUCCUGCACCGACAUCUGAAUCUGCAUCUCAAGGUGGGGCUUUCAAAAGAGACAGUGGAAGCCAGACUGAAGCAAUCAAGAGCCCAUGUCACGAUGAACCGCUGCUAACUGCAGAUUCCAACUGUCAUCCCGGUUCUCCUACUCUCAGUCCGAAGCAUGAGAGGGCAGCAAAGAGACAGCGAGGUAGCGACGCUGAAUUCCCGGAGGCCGAGUUAUCCCUUCCGCAGCAUAUCUUCGAGUCGAGCUCAGGGCCAGAGUUCCAGCAAUGUUCGGUGCCCUACUACUCGGGUCAUUAGCCUCCCGGCAGCUACAUUUUGGCAGCAUCUUAGAAUGGUGUCAUCUAAGGGGAUAUGUUGUAUGUUGACAAAAGUUGUUAGGUGUUUUCAGGUGGUUGUUUACAUGAUGCAUACUUACACAUGACAUCUAUAUCUUGCAUUUGUAGCGCCUUGACUUGUAACCUUAUUGGCAGAUGAGUUGACCAGUUUGGGUGGGGUGGGCACUGUUAGCCUGUUUUUACAUGCUAUGUUUUCUACUCU